GCGCUUUGUUUUGUUUUCUUCAGUGAAACAUGGAGUUGACCCAAAUGUCAGCCUCUGGGACACGGUCUUGUCUCUUUCCUGAGGACUAGCUUGGGCUACUUGGCUCUAGAGCAGAGCUUCACAGUCUGAGAACCUACUACCCUUCAUAAAGGUUGACAUAUUCCUGGACCACGCAGAGGAUGAGGAAUGGAGGCUUCGGAGCCGCCCCGCCCAGCCCCGUCAGCCACGGACCAGCCAGCCCCUGUACCCAGCAUUGCCGGGGGCCCAGGUGGGCAGGCCUCACCUCGCCUGACCCUGGGUCCUGUCAUCCUGCCCCCAGAGCAGGGCCUGGCCCCAACUGUGUUCUUGAAAGCCCUGCCUGUCCCAUUAUACCACACGGUACCUCCCGGGGGCCUCCAGCCACGGGCACCCCUGGUGACAGGCAGCUUGGAGGGGACCAGCAUACCUUUCAUUCUCAGCCCCUUGCUGCAGCCUGAAGGGCCCAGUGCCACCCAGGUGGGCAAGCCGGUCACCCCAGCCCUGACUGUGAACAUCGUUGGCACGGUGCCUGUACUCUCCCCAGGUGUGGGGUCCGCACUGGGCAGCACAGGCCGGGGGAAGAACACCGGUAAGUACCUGUGCCCCCACUGUGGUCGGGACUGCCUGAAGCCCAGUGUGCUGGAGAAACACAUCCGGUCCCACACAGGCGAAAGGCCCUUCCCAUGCCCUACCUGUGGCAUCGCCUUUAAGACCCAGAGCAACCUGUACAAACACAGGCGGACCCAAACCCAUCUCAACAACUCUCGAUUGUCCUUGGAGUCUGAGGGGAGUGGGAGCAGCCUCCUGGAGGAGGGAGAGAGGCCAGGAGAGACUGCCUCAGUGGAUAGUCGUGGAGAUGAAGGAACUCCAGAGAGAGCCCUUUCCCCAGGUGCCCGCCCCACCCUUGCUGCUCAGAACAGAGAAAGGAAGGUGGUAUCAGCUCCCUCUCUCGGGGCCACCCUUUCCCACAGGGAGGCCUCUGUGGAUCAGCCCCAGAUGGUGUCCCCUGAGUUCUCACUCGCCAGCCCACAGCCUAGGCGGAAGCUGCCAGAACCAAAGCCAUGCUUCCUGCAGCGACAGCAGGAGACCUGCUCAGAGAAGCCCUGGGACACCAAGGCCUUGGAGGGCCCGCUGAGGAAGUGUGAGAGCACAGACUCUGGCUACCUGUCGCGCUCAGACAGCGUGGAGCAGCCCCCUGUUGCCUCUAGCCCAUUGCAUAGUCUCUCGGAGCACAGUGCAGAGUCCGAGGGCGAAGGAGACCCUGGCUGUUCCUCUUCAGGCAACAGGGCCGACCAGAGAGCACCCGGGUCCAGCCUGGAGAUGGAGAAGAAGAAACUGGAGGAACGAAUUGCUCAUCUCAUCUCCCACAACCAGGCGGUGGUAGAUGACCCGCAGCUGGACCACGUGCGGCCCCGCAAGACGGUGCUGGCCAAGCAGGGCAGCAUCGACCUGCCCAUGCCAUAUACCUACAAGGAUUCCUUCCACUUCGACAUCCGGGCGCUGGAGCCCGGCCGCAGGAGGGUUGCCCUCAGCCCGGCCCGCUCCACCUUCACACCCAGACCUCUUUUUUUCCACUCAGUGCCCACGCAGCUUUCCACCACAGUGGAGUGUGUCCCCGUCACCAGAAGCAACUCGCUGCCUUUUGUCGAGGGUUCUAAGUUGUGGCCAGAGCCACGGGACCCACAGGAUGCUAUUCCGGGGACACAGAAGGCCCUGAGCCCCAGGCUCACCCCAGCCCGGCUGGGGUGCCGCCCAGGGCUGACCUUGGCAAGCCUCCCCAGUGGUCACCCACGGGCCCUGGUGCGACAGGCUGCUGUGGAGGACCUGCCAUGCACCCCCACUGGAGGCCCCUCGGCUGUUACUGAGGACCUAGAUGGGAAGAAGACUGUGGCAAAGGAGGGGGGUGUGGCGUACAAGGGCAGAGCCAGCAAGAAGUGUAACCAGAGGAAGCAAAGGAUGUUCUCUCAGGAGAAAUGGCAAGUGUACGGAAAUGAGACUUUCAGGAGAAUAUACCAGAAAAUGAAGACCAGCCACCAGGGAGGACAGAGACACGGGGAGGUGAAGCGGAGCCAGGGGACAGAACUGGACCUUCCUCCUCCUCGGGAGCAGGCAGGAGGAAGUGAGGAUGCGGGCCUGUCUCAAGACAACAGGAUCCCUAUCCUCGGAGACACUACAGCAGGGGCUAAUCUAGGAUCUUGGGGAAGUCAGCCAUCCCUGGAAGACUCACUGGAGGCUGAGGCUCCUGAGCAGAUGAAGGAGGUAGCCAGAGUCACGUCAUCUCCAACCUUUGGCGGCACAGACAGCCUCUGUUCGAGUGGCAAGAGCUCUCUGCUCUCUCCAAGUGGGAAGUUGGACCUGGGAUGCCAGCUGCCUCCAGUGCCUGGGCCUUGCCAAGGAGGAGAUUUAGAAGCUCCUGAGACUGCUUCACCAGACCCCAGUGGCGAGGCUAUAAAAGAAACCAGCCCUGGGGCCCAGACUGUCCUCAGACGGUCCAGCGGUGGGUCUGUGGCUCUACAGCUUGCGGAAGACAAGCUACCCUCAGAGAGGAAGAGACUGAAGGUGGAGGGGCUGGACCAUCAGGAGCAGCCAGCGCCUCUGGAAGCUGAGGCCUCAGGAGGCUCUGUGCAGGCCGGCCCCCAGCCAUCCCAGAAACAGGACAGUGACUCUGAGGAGUUGUUGGGUUGCUUAAAUAAGAGCAUCCUGCAUGUGACCACAGCCCAGGAUCCCUCAGAUGUCUCCUCAGCUGCUUCUACUGUCGCCCCAAGAUGGCCAGGGCUAGGGGACAAGGAGUCCCCACUGCCUUCUCUACCCAGGAAUCCUGAGUUUCACUCCCUGCUGCCUGCCCAGCCCCAGGACCCUGGUGUCCCUAAUGCUAGGUCAGGUGGUCCCUUUGCUCCCAAGUACCUCCUCAGGUUACCUCAGGGAGAGAACCCCUCACCGCUAGUUGUUCCAGGUCCUGAAAAAGGCCCAGACUCUCUGUGUACAAGUACACAGCCUGCAGAACAGACCCUUCUUGUUGGAUCAGAACUGGGAAUGCUCCAGCCACCUGGAGCACGCUCAGGCCCAGGUGAGGUAGGUGGGAGCCCAGAGGAUGCUAGCUGGCCCAGGUCAAGGGAUGAAAAAGAAGAGACACAGAUGGGAAGUGAGGAAAGAGACAGGACCAAUGACAGCAUCCCAGUGACUGGACGCUCUCCCGACCCCAGGACCAGCACUAUCCAGGAGAUAGCCUCCAUUCAGUCUACUGAGACCUGUGACAUUCAUGUGGCCCAGGAUGUGGUGAGUAAGACUCACACCACCCAUUGCCUGUGCACAGACAGUCCAACAGCAAGAGCCAGGACAUAUGGGAACCUCUUAAACUCUUGGACAUCAUCCCAGAAGCUGGGGAUUCCUCCGAAGAAUGCCCUAGAAAGUCCUUCAGAAACCAAGGAAGGGCUGCCUGCCUGCGUUUCCUCUCAAGCACACUAUUUCCUUACAACUUCGACAAAACCCCAAGGUAUUUCCUUGAACCAUCAGAAACCAGACCUGUCUCACAUCUUAGGAACCCCCAGGAGCUGUGAGGCCCCAAGCUCCUUCCCCUCACUCAAGACUGAGACCCAGCUCACCUGGUGUUGCUUGAAUCGAAGCCUGCCUCUGCCUGCUGAGCAGCAGAGGGCGGCUCCUGGAGACUUGGCUUCAUCCUUGCCUGAUAGAAACCUCCAGGGUGACAGGAACAAAGCAUUGCCCAAGAGCAGUGGAGGAAGGACCCGGAUGAGCCGAGGAGGUGAAGGGUCUUCGCAGGCACCUGAGCUUCCCUAUCCAACAGUCCCAGGGCUGAGGGCUGAGGAACAAGUGUCCAGGCCACGGUGGAAGAAAGAACUGUGGCGUAGGAGGGUGAAGACAUCGCGUGAGAACACCAAGCAGAAGAAGUUGAUGCUUCAUCCCAAGAGGUGUGAAGGGAGUUUCUGGCAGAGAGCCAAACGGCUGUGCAAGCCUCCCUGGUUGCCGAGAAGAAGCUGUCUCCCCCACCGACUUGAGGGCUUAGAGCCUCGGGGGACCCUGGGGAGGAGUUCGGCAGAAGUGGCAGGUCUAAACAUACAAGGGGAGCCAUCUUGUGCCAGCAAAAACUUGAGUUUCUGCUCAUGGGAGCAAAAACAUGAGUCUGUGGCUCAUGGGAGCAAAGAAAAGGAAGAUGAUUGUAGUCAGACUUCAGGACCCAUGUCUCCUGGCAUGAGCUCAAAAACCAUCUCAGAAAUAGACAAAUCAACUUUGAAGGAUAUUUCUCCAACCACUGGUGAGCAUAAUGACUGUUCUCAGGAGAAGGAGCAUGCUGAUGAGUCCAGACUAUCUCCGAAAUCUAAUAUGGACUUGGCAAUGUUUCAGGAAGAUCUGCCUCAAGGCAAAGGUCUUGAUGUUGGACCUCCAGGAACUCAGCUGCUACCUUCCCAGGAUCAAGUCUCUAUAGUUCCCAACUUGUGCUUCUCCCCAGAUGUUCCAGAGCUGCCUUCUUCCUUUAGAUCCAAAGGAACAUUUCCCCACCAUCACAUUGCUACCUCUGUGGCCGCUGUCUGUGUUUCUGUGGGGAUAAGAACGGGGCAAAAAACACUGGGGGCUCACGGUGCAGAGUCCUUUGCUGAGGAGACCCUGGCACGAAAGUCCCCAGACAGAAGAGCCACAUCAGACAGCCUUCCACAGGUGCUCCUGCCAGGGAGGCCUUCACCUGGAAAAACUUUAGAAAUAGCACCUUCAGGACCAAGUUCAGUCAGUUCACACGAGGAGGAAGCAAGAGCCCAGGCAGAUUUUCCUGUGUGGAGCCAAUAUGGGUGUGGGGAUCUGACUGUCCAGGGUGCUGCUGCUUCAGGAAUCGAGAGUGGGACUUGUCGGGCUGAAGGAUUAAUUACCCCCAAGACUGUCACAGCUCCUUCUCACCCUGGACAACCCUCAGAAGUCCCAGAAGUUCCUUUGAGAUCCAUCCGAAAGAGGAGUUUGGAAGGAAUGAGGAAGCAGACACGGGUGGAGCUCAGCGACACCAGCAGUGAUGACGAAGACAGACUGGUCAUCGAGAUAUGACGUGAUUCCAGAGAAAGAUGAUGGCCAAGGCCUGGGGAUCUUUUGGGAUAGACAUCACCACGUGUUGUGGGCACUGAACUUUAUUUAUAAAACAUCUAUAGACUAGGAAAGCCAUCUACGAUUUCUUCAAGCCAACUCUAACCAACACAGUGCCCAGAUUCAGCCAUACCUUUCUUCAGCUUCUCUUGGGCAGACCUGGGACUCUUGCUCAUUCAACUGGAAGAGUUGAAAUGGUCUAGAGGGAUCAUUGCAAGAGACUCCUUGUACACAGCUCCAACUUGAUGCUGUAAUCCUCAUUGCCUCGAUCCAGUAAAAUGACACUAAUUAGAAGAGCCAUGUGGGACUUUGAUCAGUGAGACCCGCAUUGGGUCGACACACCUGUCAUACUGCUACUAAGUUAAGAGUGGUAAACACAUCUGAGGUCUCUGGGGAAGCUUGAGAAUGAAGCAUGAGGUUUGAACUGGGCACCAAGAUGGCUCCAUGCGGUUUGGAGACUAACUCCAGAUGCACUCAAAAACUGGUCAGGGCCAGCCAUCUUUAACGGAUACUGUAAAUAUACUUCAUGAUGCCUAAGACCCUUUUAAAUGUUGCACAAAUGGUCCAUACUUGUUUCUGGUCCAGUAACACAAGCACGUGUGUCCCUGUACUUGGUGCCUUUUCUUUUAGAACCCCCCC